UUCUGUUACUGCUAUACACAACAACCAUGAAGUCGAGAAGAGAUAUUACCGCUUUCGGUGUUGGAUCGAUGGCUUUCCUAGCUCUCCUGCUAGCAAAAGAGGUUGGGGCGAAUGGGUUUAAUCGAGACGAAUGCGUGCGCUAUGUCCGAGACUCACUGAGCCAAGGCAUUCUUGCAAAGAAUGCUACCUGCUUUUUCCGUGACAACAGUGGCAUGCCAAUGUCAGACCCCGACUACCCGACCGUCACUCUUGCUGGAUGCAACCAACUCUGUGGUUCGUCACGCGGGUGGUAUAAAGAUAUUGGACCGCGACUCAGCACUUGGCUUAUUCCAGUCGUCCUCCUUUUAAGCAACAUGGAGGUAUCCCCUCUGGACAAGCGCAGAUACUUGAUGCUGGCACAUCUUGUCGGAGAUCCAAUCGACUCGCUUUGGUCCCUUCUACUGAAAUUAGAAGCGUGGUCUCGGUGCCAUAAUCUUGCGAAAGCAUUUCUUCGAGUAAACGAUCGACGCCUUGUGCGGAAUCUAGCAACAGUCCUAGGAGGGAUCGAGGAGCUGGUUGGAUUUCAUACCAAUCCGCUCUCUGUAUACCGCCACCUUGUCGCUCACUCAACUCUCGACGAUGAAGAACUCAGCCUUCUCAUUGGCAAAACCGCCCAACGGCUUUCUGACAGUAGAACGGACGAGCGACUACGCACUCUCUUUACUACCGCACUAUACUUUUACCAGCUCGUUUCUGCAUUCAUAGCUACUGUAGGAGGAGGAAAUACUUCUCCUCCUGGCGGACGGAUAGGGACUGCGAUGUUCAUGACUUGGGUCGUUCCGUCCAUAUUGUUAAGCAACGCAAUCGGCACUUUUACGUCAUCACGCACUUGCUUCACCAUCCUGGAACGCUUCUACCAAGAUUCAACUGGUCAAUUCGAUCUAUGGGCAGAGCUGCAGCGUACCUGCCCUCAACUUAGACAAUAUCCAACUAUCGACGACUAUUUUGAUUCUUUGACCUGGUCUGGUGCCAUUUACACAUAUCGCCCAAACAAAAGACUUCCUUUUGCCACCGGAGCUAAGGACCGCAGUCCAGUUACGCUGCUGAUGUUGGCAACAUCACCAAUUAUUGUAGCUUCGGUUAUUUCAUCUGCCAUAAUCUACCACACUCCACCGAUUGCAUUCAGCUGUCGCAACGUACUCAUCAUCUCCCUCGCUGCAUUCCAGCUCCUCAGCCCUCUGUUUACUUGGCUUACUUCCCGA